AUGGGAAUUAGAGGCUUGCGAGCUGAAGAUAUACCUGAUAUUGUUGCCAGAGUUUUCAAGAUGAAGCUAGAUGCAUUAAUUAAAGAGUUCAAGAGUGGAAAAUUAUUUCGACCAAUCAAAGCAUUGAUAUACACAAUUGAAUUUCAAAAACGGGGACUACCGCAUGCUCAUAUAGUCAUUUUUCUAGGGUCAACCGCUAUCGUUUCAUCUCCUGAGGAAAUGGACUCCUUAAUCUCAACUGAAAUACCUAAUAAAGAAAAUGAUCCUGAAUACCAUCAAGCAGUUGAGGACUUUAUGAUACAUGGUCCUUGCGGUAUUGCUAGGAAAGCUUCAUCUUGCAUGGUUAAUGGGAAAUGCUCUAAACACUUUCCAAAGAAGUUUGUUGAUUCGUCGUCUUUUGAUCAAGAUGGAUACCCCUUAUAUAGAAGACGUGAUGACGGCAAAACAGUUAAAAGAAAUGGCAUUGAGUUGGAUAAUCGCUAUGUGUCUAGAUCCCCCGCAGUUGAGAGACUUAGUUUCCACUUGCCAGAUAGCCAUACUGUUUUUUUCCAAGAUGACGAAGACGUGGAAUCAGUAUUGACAAAUCCAACUUUGGGCCAAAGCAUGUUCACUGAAUGGUUUGAGACCAACAAAAAAUACCCCGAAGCAAAGCUUUUAACCUAUCUUGAGAUGCCAAAUAGAUUUGUGUGGAAGAAAAAUAUUCGUCAAUGGCAACCAAGACAAAGGGGUUUUUCAGUUGGUAGGAUAUUUUAUGUACCACCUGGUAGUGGUGAGUUGUAUUACCUAAGGUUUUUACUGAACAUAGUCAAAGGUCCUACAAGUUAUAAUGAAAUAAGGACAUACAAUGGAGUUGAAUACCAGACUUUUAAGGAGGCAUGUUAUGCACGGGGCUUAUUAGAAGAUGAUAAUGAAUACAUUGAUGCAAUUGAAGAAGCUAGCCAGUGGUCAAGUGCCUAUUCUUUAAGAAAGUUGUUUGUUACUCUAUUAAUGUCAAAUACAAUGGUUUCUCCAGAAUCAGUGUGGAACAAAUCUCUUCCACAGCAUGAUUUAUUGUCCUUCAUCCAAUCUACUAUUAACAAGCAUGAAGGCCCUUCUCAUUGUUGGCUAAACGGAAUUGCGUUGAAAAAGAAUUUCUUUAAGAAAGAAGGCAUUACUUUGGUUAUUGUAGCUGAAUUCUUUCAAGGUUCCUCUUUGUCACAACAUGACCUUUUUAUCAUGCUUGAUAAAGUCAAAUUACUUCAGCAGAGGUAUCCUUUCCUUCCAGUAAUGGGAUAUCAGUAUAGCACAUCUCCCCUUCUCUCUAAAGAUGAUCACACACAUUUUCUCCGAAGAGUGAUGAAGGAAUACAUAACCUUUCCUAUUUUGUUGUCUAACAAGAAUUUUCCUAAGGGGCCUUAUGAGUCCUAUAAUCUACCAACGGAAGGAAGUGGAUUCCAUGAUUCUUGCUGUAACAAGAGUAGUAGGUUAUGGAAGAGGACUAGGAGGCUGCUUAGAUUACCCAGGCUGCAGCAACUGAAUUUUGUGAUAAAAAUCCCUGGAGUCAUCAAGGAUUUGAAAGUUCAGGAUAGGAAGACUGCUAAUUUCAUGCAUAAUAUGAAUAGUCCUUGGGAAAAACCACUUGAAGUAUUCAAGGAGCCAUAUCUCUGCUUUCCCUUGCGAAAUUUAUUUCUUUAUUUUCCAGGUUGUAUUUCAGUUGAUGAGAAAGGAAAUCGCGUUUUUGUUUCUGACAGUAAUCACCAUCGGAUCAUUGUAUUUGAUGCUAAUGGAGAAAUUCUAGACUCUAUUGGUUCCUCUCCUGGUUUUGAAGAUGGAGACUUUGAAAAUGCGAAGUUAAUGCGUCCUGCAGCUUCCUUUUAUCAUGCUGCUGACAAUUGCUUGUACAUUGCAGACUCAGAGAACCAUGCCAUCAGGAGAGCUGAUAUGGGGAGGAGAAUUCUAGAUACACUUCAUCCAGCAAUGAACUCAAAUAAGGAUUCCAACCGUUUAUGGAGCUGGAUUUUUGGCAAGCUUUGGAGCAGGAAGGAUAUAGAGGCUAAAUCUGAUGAAUUUCCUCCAAAAACAUUGCUAUUCCCUUGGCAUAUUUCAAAAUGUCAAAAUGAUCUCUUUGUUCUUAAUCGCCACUUGCAGACCUUAUGGAUCCUGGAUUUGGCCUCAGGGGCUCUCCAAGAAAUUGUGGAAGGAUUCUCGAAUAUAUCGGAGAUCUGUGGGCAUCUUAUACUGGAGAAGUCAAAUAUUCUUAAACAAAUACCAAAUGAUUUGUUGAAGCAGCUAAUGCAUACUGAUUGCUCAUUGGAGGGAAUUCCAUAUGCUGGUCUCAUAUCUUCCAUUGCCACUUUUCAAGAUGAUCUAAUCAUUUGUAAUACAGUUGGUCAGGAGGUAUUAAAGUUCAAUUUCAAAUCUGCGACUUUAUCAACCUUCCAGUUCUCAAAUUUUAGCAUCCUUGGCCUUCCUUAUUGGUUCUCAUUUCCUCUGGAUAAAGAUGCGCUAUCAGGGCUUCAUGUUGAUCAUGCUGAACUUUUUAACUUGCUGCCAGGUAAAGUUGACAUAAAAUUGAGUAUCGAAAUACCCAAGUCAUUUGAGCUGGUAGAGCCCUUGAUCGAAAGUUGCAUAUGGCUCCAAGCUAGAGGAGCAGCAACAGUAGUAUCUGAAGCAGAGAGAAUUUCUACUUCUGAAAAGGUAUGCGCUGCCCAACAAUGGUACGAUGAACUUGACCACCGUACCUUCUGGGAAUCGGAAUUAGAAUCAAACAAAGAAGUACACAGCUCAACUGAAUCAAACGUAGAAGUGCUUAGCUCAAGUCCUUCAGAAGUUGUGCCGGAAGGGAAAGUUCUCAUUGAUUGCAGCAUCAACACCAGUCCUGGUACAAGUGAGGUCAUUAUUUCCGCCGCACUGUAUUUGAAACUGAGGAAGACUGCAGAUACCGGCAUGGAUAGUCGGGAGCAGAAGGCUGCCAAGAUAGCGGAUAGUUUGGACCCCACAAGAAGGGUAAGCAAAGAUUUGCUUGUUUCAUAUCUGUUGGCAUCAAAAAGAGAUUUGGAAGGCCUCAUUGUUACUCGACCUUUACAAGUGAGGCUCAAGUUUGAGUGCCCAAACCACCCAACAUCAGAAGAUAAUUCCAAAGAAAUUAUCAUAACUAAUUCUUCUAUAAAUGUUAGUGUUUCUCUUUUGAACCCAUAGUUUCUUACAGACAAGUAUUUACUUUUAGCAUCCUUUGUAUUCUUAUAUUAUUGUAAAAAUUUUGGUUUAUUGAGGGUAGUGUACUUUGAUGUAACCUAGAUCUUACCUAUCAUACUUCAAAUUGACUGGUGCAAGACGUUUUCGUGGUAGAGUUGGAGUUUUAUUGAAAAAGAGAAUUUUCAGA